GUACUGGAGUGGGUUGCCAUUUCCUUCUCCAGGGGAUCUUCCUGACCCAGGCAUCGAACUAGGCAGACGCUUUACUGUCUGAGCCACCAGGGAAGUCAGAUGUUUCAAAUGUCAGAUUAAUUCACCAGCCCUUUCAGUUGUUGGUGAGAAGACCCUCCCUCUGCACCGGAGUUGGAGGGAUUUGGAAGCUGUACUGGAGGAGACACAGAGGCACAUGGGGCAGGGGGCAGGUUGCCGAGUUCAGAGCCACACCCGCCCCUGACAGCUGGGAAACUUGGAGAAGUUGCUUGAUUUUUUCUGAGCCAAAGUCUCUCUCACAUUGCAAAAUGAGGGCUCAAAAAAAAAAAAAACUUUUUUUUUUUUUUUUUUGGAGGAAUUGUACUAAGGAUGGUGCUAAUGAAUAGAAACCCCUAGUGCCAUUCCAGGGAUGUGGUUAUAGAUCAGUAGCAGACAGAGGAGGUCUACAAGAUUUCUGCUUGGCAGAUUAGCCAAAGGCAAGAGAGGCUACUCUGUUCGUGUUUUGCAUCCACGACAGACCCCAGGCCCACGUCCACUGUGCUCCCAGACCCCCACCCAGCCCCAGACAUCGCUCUGGGGUCUGCCUGAGGCCUGCAGUGUGAAGAUGCCCAGCACCUUCCUAGCAUGACGACCCUGGACCAUGUGAUCGCCACCCACCAGUCCGAGUGGGUCUCCUUCAAUGAGGAGCCACUCUUUCCCGUCCCUUCUGAGGGGGGCCCCAAAGAGCACCUCCCAGGAGCAUCCUCUUCCUCAGACCAGUCCGAGAGCUCCUCUGGGGAGCACCAUGCCUUGGAUGGAGGCUCUCAGGACCUUUCCCACUCGGAGCAUGAUGACUCUUCCGAAAAGCUAGGCCUCAUCUCUGAAGCAGCCUCCCCUCCCGGGAGCCCCGAGCAGCACCCACCUGAGCUGGUCUCAGCCAUCAGCGGCUGGGUUCAGUUUGAAGAUGAUGCACCCUGGGCCAGCUCAUCACCACCUCCCAAAGAAGCAGGGGGGACAGGUAGGCCAGCCACAUCACUGGCCAUGCCCUGCUGGACCUGCCCGUCCUUCGACUCCCUGGGGAGAUGCCCUCUGCCCUCCGAGAGCAGCUGGACCACACAUUCUGAAGACACCAGUAGUCCUAGUUUUGGCCCCUCGUACACAGACCUGCAGCUCGUCAGUGCUGGGGAGCAGAGUGGCCUGGCUUCCGGGGCCGACUCGACAGACAAUUCCUCCUCUCUUCAGGAGGAUGAAGAGGUAGAGAUGGAGGCCAUCAGCUGGCAGGCCGGCAGCCCGGCCGUGAACGGGCACCCCGCCACACCAGUGACCUCUGCGCGUUUCCCCAGCUGGGUCACUUUUGAUGACAAUGAAAUCAGCGGCCCUUUGUCCCCCAUCACAUCUCCUCUGAAGCCAGAAACACUGCCUCUCGCCUCUGUGACCCCAGAUGGACCUUACAACUCAACAGGGUCAUUUAAGAAGAGGGAACGGCCCAAGAGCACUUUGAUGAACUUCUCCAAAGUUCAGAAGCUAGAUGUGUCCUCCGUAAGCCAUCUGCCUGCUGUGCCGGAGGCUCCACCUUGGAGGGCCACCAAUCCUUUUCUGAAUGAGACGCUACAGGAUGUACAGCCCUCCCCCAUCAACCCUUUCCGGGCUUUCUUUGAGGAGCAGGAGAGGCGAGCCCAGAGCAGUUCUGUGUCCGGUACCCCAGGCAAGAGCCAGAGAGAUUCCCUCAUUGUCGUCUACCGGGACGCCAUCAGUUUUGAUGACUCGAGCCGAAACCAGUCACGCUCGGAUGCUAUGGAAAAACUCAAGCGGCUCCAAAUCGAGGAUUCCGACCACUUGGGUGGUGUGACACUCCCUGAUGAUGACCCGGCUGCCUGGGCUGAACUGGAUGCUCACCCAGCAGGCUCCGAGCAGUCCCCGCCCAGGGAUGGGUGGCCCAUGAUGCUUAGGAUCCCCGAGAAGAAGAACAUCAUGUCCUCCAGGCACUGGGGACCCAUCUAUGUCAAACUGACAGACGGUGGUUACCUGCAGCUGUAUUACGAGCAGGGCCUGGAGAGGCCAUUCCGUGAGUUCAAGCUGGAGAUGUGCCAUGAGAUUUCCGAACCCCGGCUCCAAAACUAUGACGAGAACGGUAGGAUUCACAGCUUGCGGAUAGACCGGGUCAACUACAAGGAGAAGAAGAAGUACCAGCCUAAACCCGCCGUGGCCCACUUGGCCGAGAGGGAGCAAGUCAUCAAGCUGGGCACCACCAACUACGAGGACUUCCUGAGCUUCAUCCGUGCGGUUCAGGACCGCCUCAUGGAGCUGCCGGUGUUGUCAACGGAGCUGAGCACGGUCGGGCUGAACUACCUAGAAGAGGAGAUGACGGUGGACGUCCAAGAUGAAUUCUCUGGCCUCGUGAGCAAGGGAGACAACCAGAUCCUCCAGCACCGUGUCCUGACACGGAUCCACGUGCUGAGCUUCCUCUCGGGCCUGGCCGAGUGCCGGCUGGGUCUCAACGACGUCCUGGUCAAAGGGAACGAGGUGGUGUCCCGCCAGGACAUCGUGCCCACCACUACCACCAAAUGGAUCCGGCUCCACGAGUGCCGCUUUCACGGCUGCGUGGAUGAGGACGUGUUCCGCGGCUCGCGCGUCAUCCUCUUCAACCCUCUGGACGCCUGCCGCUUCGAGCUCAUGCGGUUCCGGACUGUGUUCGCCGAGAAGACCUUGCCCUUCACGCUCAGGACGGCGGCGAGCAUCCACGGGGCGGAGGUGGAGGUGCAGAGCUGGCUGAGGAUGUCGGCGGGCUUCUCCUCCAACUGGGACCCCCUCACCCAGGUCCCCUGCGAGAAUGUGAUGGUCCGCUACCCUGUGCCCAGCGAGUGGGUGAAAAACUUCCGCAGGGAAAGCGUCCUGGGGGAGAAGUCUCUGAAAGCCAAAGUGAACCGGGGGGCGAGUUUUGGCUCAGCCAGCAUUUCCGGCUCUGAGCCGGUCAUGAGAGUCACCCUGGGGACUGCCAAGUACGAGCACGCUUUCAAUGCCAUCGUGUGGAGGAUAAACCGACUGCCCGACAAAAACUCAGCUUCUGGUCACCCACACUGUUUCUUCUGCCACCUUGAACUUGGCUCGGACCGGGAAGUGCCUUCCAGAUUUGCCAAUCACGUGAACGUCGAGUUCAGCAUGCCUACAACGUCUGCCUCCAAAGCUGCUGUGAGAUCCAUCUCUGUGGAAGACAAGACGGACGUCAGGAAGUGGGUCAAUUAUUCCGCACACUACAGCUACAAGGUGGAAAUUGAGCAAAAAAAGAGUUUGAAGCUGGACUUGGAAGGAGACGACAUGGAAAAUCCCAAGGAGUGCGGGGUCCAGUGAUGAGGCUGUCUUGCAGGGGUUCCUGACCCAAGUGGCCCGAUAGGAUGUCUUCCUGAAUAGCUGAAAUUCAAGUCAGUACCUAGCAUGGCUCCUCCCUGUGGGGAACAGGGUAUGGACCGUCCUGUUUGUAGUUACCUGUAUUCUAACAGGAACCCUAAGGUGGCUGCCUGAGAGAGGCUCUGACUAUGCUUGAAGCUCUCGGGUCCCCUGGCCUGUGGAGCUUACCGUAUAAUUAAGCCUCGUCUCCACUCUUGCUUAUCUCACGGCUCUUGCGUGUGGCUUGUCGUGACUGAUAAUAGUCAGGAAAAGACGCCCCCCCCCCACCCCCGCCACCCCCUACAGCGUUGGUGCGGUUCCUUCUUGAUGUUCAUCUGUCAAUCAAUUUCUGGAAAACAGUUUCUUGAGAAGUUAAUUAACCAAGACUCCACCUCCAUCAUUCCCUCUAGAGAAAAAAAUGACAAAAGGUACAAAACCAAUUUCUUCUCUGGGUCUGCUAGACCUUUCAUAGGUGUCUCUGUGCUUCAAAUGUUAGCACUAUGCAAGAAGGACGUUUCUGAAAUGUUUUCUUCCGGGUUCAAGAUUGAAACGCUUUUUCCAUCUUUCUAAAGUGUCAGUCCCAGGGUUCACCAUCCUGAGUCACAAUAGACAAUGGGGAAAAGGGCACAAUAGGAUGCUUUUAAAUUCCGUAAUUAGCCCUGUAUUCUGCAGAGUGGCUGUUGAAGGGAAAGCAAAAUUGAGCUAUUUUUCUUCGUUCCGGGGAAAAGGAACGUUCAUUUUGAGAUAAUAUUCAAUUCAGGAGACAGCUUCAAGCUCAGUGAUUUUCUAAAAUCACACUGAAAAAUAUAUGCCAUUUCUGACUCCUGAAAUAAAUGGAUACAUAUUAUCUCAGGCAUUUGUCAAGGGCAUUUUGGGAACUCCAUUUUAUACCUCAUAGCCAAUAGACAGCUGUGUGUCUCUAACUCAGACUUUACAGGAAAUGUAAUUUGAAAAGAUCAUUUUAAAAGCUGUUUCAAAAUUAAGCUUGUAGGAGUUUUUCCUAAAAAUCCACAGUUUGAUAAUCACAGUAUUCUAAUAGAUCUGAAAGGCAGAAGACUCUAGGGUAGAGAUAGGGGGAAGCCAUAUUUUUCUAAUGUUGGGAACCUUAAAUCCUGAUUCCAAGGAUCUAGGACACUCAGUAUUCUUUCUCUUCAUCUGCUCCUGCUCACAUCCUGUACCUCCGCAUCCCAAAGGGGAUACUAGCUCAACAAUUUAAAGGCAGCUUUUAUUUGCCUUCUUAGUUCUCUGAUGAAGAAGAGAGUAAGGGGGGCAGAAAGUACGCCUAUCAGAUUUAUAGAUGACCCAGAAGUAGACACAUAUAUCUAGUCUGUUGACUAGUAGAUUCAGGAUUAAUUCAUCCCAUGAAUAUUCACUGAAUUCUAACUAUGUACUGACAUUGGGAUACAGAAAUCAUUAUAAUUUUUGAAAUAUGUGAACAUAAGACUGAAACUAAAAGGAUAAAAUUGAACAGGCAUUAACGAGAGACUCCCAUACUCUGAGUUUCUUAAAUGCAACCUUCUGAGUAUAGACGAGAGCACCUAUGUGUGCACGAUGUGUGUGUUAAUGGGAAAGGUGUUAGAAAGUCCUGGUUGCACAGCAGUUUUUGUAGGAAUGUUUUCUUAGGGAAAUAUGAGUCCAGCUUUGAGUUAGGGGCAUCUCACGGCUAAACGGACACACUCGGCCUGUGGUGACAGAAAUCCAGGGAGCCCUGCACGCGGCACAGCUCAGUCCACAUCUGCAUGGAGGACUGGGUUCCCUUCUGGGAACCGCAUUUUAAGAGAGACAUUAAUAAAUUAUUGCAUCCAGAGUCAGGUGGCCAGGACCAUGAAGAGUCUGAUUAUAUGUGGAACCGGGAAAUAGUUCCCCUGAAGAACAGAAGGUAUAGCUGCAAAGGGAAAAAGAGAGGAUGAUAUAAUAGCUGCCUUGAAAUCUCCAUUGAACUAUAAAAGGGGAGAGGAACUGGAUUUUUCCUGUGUUGCUUCAAAGGGCAAAAAGAGGAGCUUAAUAGAUGACAGAUGUUUGCUUCAACACAAGAAAGAACCUUGUAAUAGGAGUUAUUCUAAAGAGGAAUGGACUCAACUAGUAGAAUUUCCAGUUGCUAUAGAUACCCAAGCAAAAGCUAAAAUAAUCCAUCUCUCCUAAAUGCCAUGAAAGGGACUCUAAGAUUGGAUGUAGGCAAGGUUCUUACCAAGAUACCUUCUACAUAGAUGUUUAGUUUCAGCAGUAAUAGGACUCUAACUCUACCUGGUUUUAGUUUGUAAGUGGCUUUUCAUGCUCUUUGAAAUACGGUGGGUUCCUCUAGAGGUCUUUGUCAAGUGGGGGGACUCCAAGGCAUAGUCCUUCCCCCGUUGUGCUGAAAGCUCAUGAGAAUUCCUCAUAGAAUUACUGAGAUGGGUGGAAGAGUUGUCAAGGUCAAGCGUAUUCUAGCACCUUCUUUACCCAAGUUUAGAGCCCAUGCACCCUCUCAAGAGCUCCGCUUCACCUGCUAGCAUUGCGUAUGUAUUGAUGGUUGGAGCCUUUUUUCCUAUUGGUUAAUUCUCAUUGCCUUUGUGCUUUACCUGGAUUUUUUUUUUUUUUUAAACCAAGGGUUGGAAAACUUCCUUCCAUGCUAUCUACAUUCAAAUUAUCAUUCAUUUUUAAAAACUUAACAUCUUGAUUUCAUCAGAUUUGUUUUUCCUCUGUAUUUUAGAAAUUGUUUAUGGGUAGCAUUUAGGGAAUUGCAAAAUGUAAGACUGCUUAUUUUUAGACAUAGUUUCUAUGUAGUUUUGUUAAUAGCCUACAUGGAAAACACAGUUGGACAAAUACCUUUUUGAUAUGCAGAUUAAGUUUGCUACCCUGGAUUUCUAUUUUGUGUGUCUAUAGCCACAAAUAUUCCUUUUUUAUGUUACCAGUAAUGUGAAAAUAUUAGAAGUGAAUUCAUUUUUACCAGUACACAGACUGUUACUAUUAGAACAUAAAUUAGAUGUCCCUUGAUAUCAAGAGCUGUCCCUUUUUUUUUCUUUUUUUUUUUUUGAGGCUGGUGACUUGCUUUAUGACUUCAUAGUAAAGGAA